ACUAUCAAUGCAUUGUUGAUGUGAACAUUCAAUUACAAAAUAUGAAAAAUAAUUUAUAAAUACUUCUUUAUCAUUUUAAAAAAGUCCAGAAUAUAAUUGAUUUGAAAUACAUUGAAUGUAUUUUUUAAAAAAUGGAGUUUCCUCCAAAAAAAACUAAAAAUAAAACAGUUUGUUGUGUGUACGGUUGUAAAAGUAAAGCUUGUCGAGAUGAUACAGUUCGAUUUUAUACCUUCCCUACAGCAAAUACCGAUUUUAUUAAAGUAAAAAAUGAAUUUGGGGAAGAAAAAUUAAUAGACCGAAGAGAAGCAUGGAAAAAAGUAUUAAAAAUGGGAAACUACAUAUCUAACUCUAUGCGAGUAUGUUCUCGUCAUUUCAUUAAAAGUGAUUACAUACCAUCAUAUAAUAAUAAUAAAUCACGCUGUCAUUUGAAGAAAAUUAGUGUUCCUUCAUGUAAUCUUCCUGAAAGAUCAUCAUUAUUAAAUACUAAGCCAAUAGGUAAUAACUCCAAAGAUUUUGAUUCCUGCUUACAAAGUCUACGAACUAAUGAUGUUACUUGUCUUGACGAUAGUCUAAUGAGUUUAGAAAAACUUGACCGAGCAUCACCGGAAUUGUGGCCCGAGCAAACAAUUGAUCAAGUUCCAGGUGUUAAUGAAUUUAUUGCACAAAAUUUAUCAACAAACGAGCAAUCGUCGUGGUCUGCAUCAGGAAUUAAUUCUGAAGAUAUGACUCAAUUACAUCAAUUAGGUAAUUUACCGAUGACUAGUCUGAUAGCAGAAGUGAAGAAACUUCAUGACUUAGCUUAUCAACUUGGCCUUGAAGAAGCCAAAGAAAUGACGCGUGGAAAAUAUUUGAAUAUAUUUAAAAAUAAAGAAAAAUAACUUGAGAUUUAAUCAUAGUAAAACUAAGAUAAAAUAUAUUUUUAUAACUAAAUUAUAAGCUUAUAUAAUUAUUCUUUCAUUAUUAGGGUUCAUUUUAGUUGACUACCCAAUUUUAUUGAUUUAAAAAAUAAUUGUGAAAUUUAUAUUAUUUUCAAAAGAUUUGUCAUCUGCAAUAAAUAAUCAAUUUAUUUAUUUAUUUUUAAUUAAAGGUGCUUUAUUAAAAAGUAUAAUUUGUAUAAAUAUAAUAAUAUUUAUAAAAUUGUUUAUUGUAUAUUUAAUGAUUUUAUAAAAUAUAGUAACUAAAUUUAGGUGUGGUGCAUCCCUACAGAGAAUUUCUCUACAUUAUACAAUUUCAAAAAGUUUUUCCCUACACGACUCAACUCAAUAGAUAAAUUUUUACACCGCAACAACUCUACAGAAAAUUAUUUUCACAUUGUUCCAUCUCUACAUAAAAACAUCUCUCAUAUUAAAAAUCUCUACAGAGAUCAUCUCUAGAGCGAUCAUUUUUACAUGCCGCUAAGUUCAAACAGAAGAUUGUUUUGACAUUUCAUUAAUAAAAGUAGGUUAAUUAUAUAAAAGAACGAAUGAAUGAAAGUGAAAUUAAAUUAUUUAAAUAUUACAAAAGUAAUGAAUCAUCCCGACACAAAUUAAGAAAAUCCAGGAGUUGCUGCUUUUACACUGGUGGCCUUGUGUUAUCUUUUCGUAUCAAUUUCGAUAAAUUUUUUCUGUAAGGUAAAAGACCGAGUACCCGAUACCUCCAUGUAUUUUUAUGUCUAUAUUUAGUAGAAUUUAAAAAUAUAGAAAUAAAAAUACAUGAGUGGUCAGGUACUAGGUCCCUGAUAGGGUACUAGGUCUCUUACAUUACUAACAGAUGCACCAUACCCACUAAAUUUUAUAAUUUGAAUUUAAACAAAAUAAAAAUUAAAUAUAUAAAAAUA